AUGGCCGCCUCGGUGGGCAUUGAGCUCCAGCAGCGCUCACGGGUAGGCGACUCAACACAGCCACCCCGUGGAGAAUCCUCCUCCAAUGCCGCCAGUGCGCGAAGCUCCCUGGAAAUUGAACCUUCUCACGCAACAGCGAACCCUGACAUGAAGUCCCACGGUAUGACGGCAACAGAUAAAGAAAUUGGAACAUGGUCGGCGAAAUCAUCACCCACGAUGGAAGCGGGGAGGUCAACAGAUCCAGAUACGCCAUCUUGGCCUUUCCAAGAAGACCACCAGCCUCGGCACAACCAGCACCCGAGCGGAUCAAGGAACGCAAGAUCGCCAAGCCAUCUUUCUGAGGUUCUUCAACACUGGUUCCUUGAGAUUCUUACCAUCCUGGUCGCAGUCCUCCUCAUAGCCGCCAUCAUCUUUCUCCUGGCGCAUUAUGACAGGAAAACCAUGCCAGAAUGGCCGUUCGACAUCAAUCUCAACACUGUAAUCGCUUUGCUGUCGACAUUUCUGCGGGCAGCAAUGCUUGCGGCUGUCGCUGAGAUCGUUGGUCAGAUUAAGUGGACAUGGUUCACCGAACGCACACGACCCCUACACCACCUGCAAGACUUUGACUCUGCCUCUCGAUCCGUACUCGGAAGUCUGCGGUUGUUGGCGGUCGUCUUGUGGAAUUUUGGCUGGACCUCUGCUGGACUAUUGGGCAUCGCAGCUGCAUUGGUCACGAUUGCCAGCCUCGCAGUGGGUCCAUUUACCCAACAGGCACUGAAAACAGCAAUGUGUCCAACGUUGCUGCCAAAUGCGAGGGCAGAGAUUCCAUCCGCCAAUUAUGUUCCAGGAAGGUCAGCCUAUUACCGUAUCGGAGCGGGAACGUUCGAGCUCGAAAUCGAUAUGAAGGGUGCCAUGAUCGGAGGACUCACAAAUCCUGAUGGCAAGGACAAUGAAGUCGAGGUCUCCUGUGCUAGCUCGAACUGCACAUGGGAGGAUUAUGGCACUGGUGCGACCCACGCGAGUAUAGGUCUCUGCAGUGCAUGCCUGGACACGACAAAGUAUGUCAGUGGACCUGACAAGGGAGGCAAUCUGACUCUGCCAGACUAUGAGGCCUUCAUCAAUUAUGGCCCAGGCGGACAGUACAUGUGGGUGGGCUACAGCAAUCUCACUUGGGCAACUGAUCUCUUCAGUGAGGACUUCGCUACAGCAGCAAGUGUGGCCAUCAGCAACUUUAGCAUGCUGCUGUCCUCAACGUCGCCCUGCACAAAGAGGCCCAACUCGGGUUUUUACGACUGUCCGCACAAGAUUUCACAAUCCGAUAAUCAGUACUUCGACGGUCUCGGUGACUACAUUGCCACCUCAUGCACGCUUUACCCCUGCAUGAAGGAGUACCGCGGGCGAUAUAGAGGAGGCAGAUACUCGGAGGAAAUUGUCCGAACGAAACCCGCGCUUCCCAACAAGCAGGAAACAAGUUCGUAUACCUACACAUGGAACUACACUGCCGUUCGCUCGCCUUGCAUUCUUGACGACGGUGAUUACUUCACCAAUAUUAGCAACACGUCUCUCGCCUCGCACAUCAUGAACGCCAGUACCUGGUACAUGCCGAAUAACAUGUCAGCCGCGCCGCACAUUUCGGGUCGAACCUGGGCAAACAUAUCACUAACCAACCAACUGGACAAUACCGUUACGAACACCAGCGUGCCAAACGCCUGCCUCUACAAGAUGGACGGGACCUACGCGUCAGCCAUGAGCAACCAGAUGAGCAACUCACUCUUCUCUGGAGACUGCUCCUACGACAGCUCGCAGGCGGGCCACAUCAACUGUGGCGACUCAUGGUGGCUCGCACCGCUGUGGGGCCAAAUGAACGCCACAUUCGAGUCCCUCGACCAAGCCAUCGAGGACUUUGCCACUACCGUCACAAACAAGCUUCGCAUGACCGGCAACGGGCCGGACGUCAAGGUGGGGGACACCCCUCAGCGUUCGUCGACGCUGGGACUGGUCUAUGAGAGCUCCACGUGCACGUAUUUCGACCAGCGGUGGGUGUCCCUACCGAUAAUCCUAGUUUUGAUCUGUGCCGUGCUCCUCCUGUGGAUCAUCGUCAAGAAUUAUACCGAUCCGGAUCAGCCCGUGUGGAAAGGGAGCUUGUUACCGUUGAUGUUCUUCGGGCUCCACGGCCCCGGCGGAUCGUCCCAUGAUCGAAGGGAUGGUGAUGGGCUCAAUAGGAGUGAAACGUUUGUAAGGAGUAAUGGCCGUGCGGCGCCUGAGCUGGGCAGGAUUCGUGACGAAGCAGGCCGCAUGUGGGUCAGAUUUCACGGCGGUAAGGACCCUGGGUUCGUCGAUCUGGGUACUCCGAAGAAUCAUCGAGACGCCGAAGCGAGUGUUUCCUCUUUAUUGGCAGAUCAAGGGCAGUCUAAGCGACGGUCUCAAUGGCUAGACGCCGAUAUCCCUCCUGGAAGGCCGAGGAGAGGGACAAUUUUGUAG